UUCUAGAAAAGUAUUUCGGCCUGAGUGUCAGUCCGGGCGUCCCCGAGAUUAAGAGUUAAAAAGCCCACGGUGACGACAGAUAUCGGGGACCUCAUCUUCGCCGGCGAAGACGCUGCGUAGCUUGUGUUUGUGUUGCCUGGGAAACAUUGUCGGUCGUUUCUAGGGUGACCAGAUCUACAAUCGUACAAGGCGUUGGAAUCAGGGGUGUAGUUGCAAGCCUCAAACCAUAGUUCAAUGGGAUGGGUGGCAGCUCUCUCAAAAUAGGAUUUCGAGAGCUCUUCUAUAUAUUGUUUUAUUGUGGGGAGAUCUAGGUUUCUAUGUUAGUCGUUGAGCAUAAACCACGGAGUGCCCGUGGCUUGACGCAUGAAUCGGUUUUAAAAGACUGAGGAGGAGGAGGCCUGAAGUUAGCCCAUAACUGCGAUCUUACCUGCUGUUAAGUGACUAUGCAGUCUAAUUGAAGCGGACUUUCUUAGAGUCUAGGCAUUCAUCUACGCGGCACCGUACCGAACACCUCAUAGCUUGGCGGUACGACUUUUGCUGUUAGAGUGGUAAACUGGUAACUUGCCACGACCAAUGCCUGCCACCAGACUAUAAUAAUGCUAGCUGUGCUGUACUGAUAUUAUAAAGAAGAAAAGUUUGUGAGGUUGUAUCUGAAUGAACUCAAUCAAUUUUGAAUAUUAUUUUAUUAACAGAAAGUUACGUUGUUUGUGAGCUUUGGAUUUCUGCUAUAAAUUAUAUAUUAGACAAUAAUGUUAACAUCUGUAAUAUGCUCUUCAGCUUACGGUGGAGGUUAUUCUUAUAAAAAAUAAUGAGUACGAGAAAACCUUUGUAGAUGAUGGCUACUCGUAGUAUAAACACGGUUCUAUGUGUUAUUUGCGUCGUCACCCUGACUAGUGGUUAGUGGGUCCGCCUAUUCGUUACCAUAGAGCUGUCGACCAUAACAAUGCCACAAUAAUGAUGCCAUAAAUCUAAUUCUUCUCACAACUUAACUGAUCGUCAACGUGGUAGGAACAUUUUCAAACUGUGUACUUAUUAAGUUGAAAGUGAAAACUUUUUUGAUACUACAUUGAAAAGAUACCUAUACCAUACUAUACCAAAAUUUGCUCUAUCAGAGGUCUGUAACUAUCAAAUUUUAUUGGAAUUUUAUCAAACUGGGGCAAUGUAUGGACAAAUCGGUUGUACACAAAAUACACGUAGCAAACAACGCAGCAGCAAGGGCCAAAGGCAGCAGAAUGCCGACGCAACCUAUAAAGUUGUAUUACCUACCGCCGUCGCCGCCAUGCCGAUCGGUGAUGAUGACUGCAAGGGCCCUGGACAUCGACCUGGAGUUGGUACUCACCAAUAUCAUGCAGGGUGAACAUAAGACGCCGGAAUAUUUGAAGAUGAAUCCACAACACACAAUACCAACGAUGGAUGAUAGCGGUUUCAUAUUAUGGGAAAGUCGCGCAAUCCUUACAUACCUAGUGAAUGCCUACGGACGGACUGAUUCCUUGUACCCAAAGAACCCUAGACAAAGGGCGUUGGUCGACCAGAGGCUGAACUUCGACCUUGGCACAUUGUACAAACGGUACAUGGAUCUCUAUGCACCGAUGUUAUUCCAUGGCCAAGGAUACAAUGAUGAAGCAGCUGAAAAGUUAAACGAAGCUCUAGGCUGGUUGAACUCUAUGCUGGAAGGAAGAGUGUUCGUCGCUGGAGACACACUCACCAUUGCUGAUAUCUCCAUUGUGGUAGUUUUUAGUAAUUUAGAGGCGUUUGGAUUCGACUUCAGUGCACACGAGAAUGUAGCGAAAUGGUUUGAGAGAACAAAAAAAUCCCUAGAGCCGUAUGGAUACGAGGAGAUUGACCAAGCAGGCGCACGAAUGUUAGCUUCGUUCUUGAAGAAGGAAUAAAAACCACAUAGCAUUGAUUGUUUCAAUAUUUAUUCAAUAUUUAACUACGCAAUAAAACCUUAGCACAAGCAGUUUAUUAUUCACCUUAUGAAGAAGCGGUUAGCUUAGCACAGCUGUGUAAUAAAUGAAACUAGGUUUGCUUUUGUUUUAAAGUAAGUAUUAAAGAAUUAAAAAAAUGUACCUACAAGAACGUCCUAUAAAAAUACACCUCAACUACGAGUAUACUAAUAAGUUUGAGGUCAAAUAGGUUAAAAAAACCUGUAAGGCCUUAUAUCAACAAUAAUUGGACCAAUUACAUCUAUAGGUAAACGCACUUUCAUCAAUAUCGGUCCAUCUGUUCUGAAUUCAUGAGCAUAUAAGAGAAGUUUAUUUUUUUCACUGGCUGUGCCUUGCAGUUUUAUCCGCAUAGGGCCUAUUUCUUUUAUAAUAUUGUGAUGAAAGAUAAAGUACCUGGCCUGCUGCGACAGACUAUUAUUUAUAUCUGUUCAAAAUUUCAUGCAAAUCAAUUCAGUUGUUAAACCAUGAUCGACUAACAAAGAUCCAUGCUUUUUUUUCCAUCAAAAGUAUUUUGAAACUCUACAAUUUUCUGUGCAAUUUCCCAAG